ACACUGCUUAUUCUUCACACGUGCUGAAAAUGGGAGAUGCUGUGGAAGCAUUAUUUAUCAGCGCCUGCAGCGAGGAAAACACAACAUGCAGCGUCCAGGAUCUGCGCACAGGAACCGACCUAAUGAAGUACAAGGGUGGCGGGAAUGCCCAGCACCAUAGUCUGGCUAUGCUUGGGCUGAAUUAUGUUCUGGCAGCCAACACAAUGAAGCCUCUGCUCCACGUCUGGCCCAUUAAUAAGCAGGAGCAGAUGUCGAGCUUGCGAUUUGUGCUGCCCGGCAAGGCCAACGCUAUGGCCCUUACUCCAGAUGGCGCGUACUUGAUAGUUGGAAUACAGGAGAACAUAUACAUCUGGCACAUGAACACCGGCCGCAUGCUGAACACCCUUUCGAAACACUACCAAGCCAUCACAUGCCUGCGCUUCACCGACAAUGGCGAGCAUUUCAUCAGCGCCGGCAAAGAUGGGGCCGUACUGGUCUGGGACCUUACCUUCUCAAUUGCACCGCUGGACAAUGGCAGCCAGGAGGGCAGUGAGCCCCUGUACAGCUUUAACGAUCAUGGACUGGCUGUUACGGACCUGCACACUGGAAUUGGAGGCAUUCGCUCCUACCUAUACACAGUGUCCUUAGACCGCUGCUGCAAAGUCUAUGACCUGAACGGUGGCAUUAUGCUCCUCAGCAUUGUGUUCCCAGUAGCGCUGCACAGCGUGGUUGUCAAUAGGAUGGAGACUAGUAUUUAUGUUGGCUCUGCCGAAGGAAAGGCGUUUGUGUUUCACAAUUGGCGAGCGCCACGGAUGAAGGAAUACCAUCUGGAGGAGGAGAAAGCUCAGGCCUUUAUUGGCCACACGGUUGGAAAACCCAUAACCUCCUUGGCUCUGACAAUGAAUGCCCAACAGAUGGUCUCGGCCGGAGACGAUAAGCAAGUCUGCGUUUGGGAUGUUGUGAGUCGGCAGCUCAUGAAGAGUAUUCCCCAGAAUGGCGUGAUCACCAAUCUGAGAAUCCGCCUUCUCAGUCCUGCCGUUUUCCAACCGCAGCACAAGCAGCCACAAUUAUUCGCAGACAGUCUGAAACGUAUGAUCAGCCCCCCGGAUCCCAAUGAUUACAUAGAUUUGCUCAUCACCACGGAGUACCCCAAAAAACGCGGCAAGCCAAAGAGGAACUUUAACAAAUGUAACUUGGAUCCGGAAAAUAACAGAAGAUUACAAAAAAUGCACCACAUAAAUCUUGGCGAAGAUGACGAUGCCAUUAACUUAAACGAGGAGACGUUGGAGUCAUCUGAGCAAUCUCCCAAAGAAGAUGUGCCUUCGUACGUUGGCGUUGACGAGGAAGAUUAUGGUGAAGCCGAUACUAAUUCACCUUCUGUACAGAAGCUCAUCGCCGAAAACCGACUCCUCAAAAAAGAAAAUGUUCUCGUGGCUGAAAACAUGGCGAAGUAUCUGAGGUAUCUGGCCAACCUAUCGAAAAACGUCAAGGCUCCGCCAGAGAGAAACCGCAAAAAAGCUCGCAAAAACUAGUCGGCUUUUCUCUUCUCUUCUCGGUAAAAUAUAAUAUACGAAAUUAAAAACUACAGAAAUCAAAGAGGUUAUCCAAAAAAUA